AAUUAAAAUGACAAAUAUUUCAAUUCCUGGUAAUUGGCAGACAUGUGAUGUUGAAGCAAUGGAUGGUGACUUCGAUGAUAACAUGCUUCAAUUCUUGGGAUCUUUUGAAGAAGUUCUUCCGGAAGGUGUUGAGGUUGAGACUAAAAAAGGAAUGAAGAAAAAGAACAAACCGAAAAAGGUUGAAAACACUGAACGCCCAGAAGAAGAUGCGAAGUGUGUAGAGGAGCGACGUCUAGCCAAAAAAUUGAGAAGAAAAGAACAAAUGGCUGCAAAUCGUAAACAGAAGAAGGAACGGUUGGCAAAAAGAAAACAGAAAGAAGCUGAGAGUUCUGCUAAAAAAUCUGAAAAUGCGACAGAAACUACUACCGAAAAGCCGAAAGAGCAGAAGAAAAGAAAAGGAGGAGAGAAUGGAGAUACAGGAAAACCAAAGAAAUCCAAAAAAGAAGCAUCUAAGAAAACAGAUAUUUCAGCUUGGAAACAAUUUUAUUUUCUUCCUAAUGAAGUUCUUGAAGCUAUUGAGCAGAUGGGAUUUUCUGAGCCGACUGAAAUUCAAUCAGCAGUGCUCCCCGCUGCUGUUCGUGAUCGACAAGAUGUUCUAGGUGCUGCUGAAACUGGAAGUGGAAAGACAUUGGCAUUUGGAAUUCCAUUGGUUGCACGUCUACUCGAAUCGUCAGAUGAUUCACAAGAAACUGAAUCUACAGAAGUUCGAGGUCCACGUGCAUUGAUUGUUGCUCCAACUCGUGAACUUGUCAUUCAAAUCAUGAAACAUAUUAAUGCUCUCAUUUCCACAACUCAACUAAUAGCCACAUCAAUUGUUGGUGGAUUGGCUCAAGUGAAGCAAGAGAGAAUUAUUUCCCAGCAGAGACCAGAUAUUGUCGUUGCAACACCUGGACGAUUGUGGGCCAUGAUGCAAGAAGCUGAAACUGGAGAGUUUUUAGCUGAAUGGAAAGAUUUGAAGUGUUUAGUUGUGGACGAAACUGAUCGGAUGGUUGAGGAAGGAUAUUUUGCCGAGUUGACACAUAUUCUCAAUAAGAUUCAUGAAGAAUCAGAAAAGGAAAAGCUUCAAACUCUCGUCUUCUCUGCGACACUUACAUUUGCAAAAGCACAAGAUGUAGCCGAAGAAGAAAAGAAAAAAGCGAAAGAGCUCAGUUCACAGCAAAAAAUUCAACGUCUUAUCAAACUGACGGGUCUUCGUGAGAAUAAGCAUAAAGUUAUUGAUUUAACACGUCAAAUGGGUACAGCUGGAUGCCUUGUUGAAGCACGUAUCAAUUGUGGAAAUCUUUUGGAAAAGGAUACUUCACUCGUAUACCUACUCACAAGAUACCCUGGACGUACAAUUGUCUUUGUGAAUUCAAUUGAUGCAGCUCGUAGACUAUACAGUGUACUUAAAUCAGUGAACAUUGAUCCAAUGAUUCUUCAUGCGAAAAUGAUUCAAAAACAACGUCUGAAGAACUUGGAAAAGUUUUCUGAAUCCAAAAACGCCGUUUUAUUGGCAACUGAUGUCGCAGCACGUGGAUUGGAUAUUCAAGGAAUCGAUCAUGUUAUCCAUUAUCAAGUUCCCAAAAAAGUAGAAAUUUAUAUUCAUCGAAGUGGAAGAACUGCACGUGCAUCACACAGAGGAUUGACUGUUGUAUUGGUUGAUCCACCAAGUAGACAAUUUUAUAUGAAGUUGUGCAAAGGAUUAAAUAGAAUGCAAGAUCUGAACGUUUUCCCAAUCGACUUUGAACCUUUGAUGAAUGCGAUCAAGAAACGUGUGCGACUAGCUUCAGAGAUUGACUCUCUUGGAUUCCGUUGCAAAAAGAUCAAAAUGUCAGAGUCUUGGUUUGAAAAAGCUGCCCGUGCCGCAGAUUUAGACUAUGAUGAGACGCGUCAUCGAGAAAUGGAUGGAUUGAAUCUUGAAGUUGACACAAUGGUCCAGAAAAGUCGCCAACUUCAAGCACAACUACGCACGGAGCUUUCCCUUCCACUUCCACGUGUUGAUGGAUCGGAUUCGAUGAAGACAAAGUACAUUACUCCUGAAAUUGUUGCCCGUUUGAGAUCAGUUGGUGAUAAUGCAAUUGACGUAUUAAACCAGAAAAUUGAUGAGACAAAGGAAUGGAAGAGAAAGAGCCGAAAAGCUACAAGAGAAGAUGAAAUGAACUCGAUGAAAAAAUCGUUGAAAUCGUCUCAAAAGAACAAGGAACGCCUCGCCGAGAAGAAAAAAAAGGAGAAAGCUGCCAAAGUGACUAAACUAUCGGAAACUGAUUGAAAUUGUCCGAUAUCCCUAAAUUGUUUUUGUUGACAUUUAAUUUUGUUUUCUGUUCUGUUAUGAUUUUAUUUGUUUUUAUUUUAAUAUGAAGUCGUUUGUGAUU